AUGUCUGAGCAAGAUAAACUAGAAGAAGUUGGAAAUGAGCUAGACUCAGCUCUCUCUCAACCAGAGAAUUGCAUUCUUAACAAAACAGAAAGUUCAGAAGUAGAUGAAAAAGAAGGAUAUGGCAAAUCAGACCAGUUACAAAGUGUUAACCAGAACCAGCAGAAAAAGAGAUUCAAGUCGGGAGGAAAGGGGAAACUUGUACGAAGCCUUGCUGUUUGUGAAGAAUCAUCUCCUCGUCUUGAAUCAGACACUGACAAUCAGGAAUCAAUACAGCUACAGCUUUCAAACUUCCCCAACCUACGAGAAGAGGAUAAAUCUAGUAAAGAUGAAUCUGAGAAAGGAAAAGAGAAGGAUAAAAACAAAGAAAAAAAUAGAAACAGUGAAAAAAACAAGAUAAGAAUGUUAUCAAAAGGGAUAGAAUGAUAUUAUUAAAAAUGGAGCAGGAAAUCAUUGAUUUUAUUAGUUAUGAG